UACAAAAUGACUUGUAAACGGUAGCCUACUUUAGCUUAUCGUGUGAAUAUAAAUCGCGCUCAUUCUUCUUCAGUAAUAUUCCUUGAAAAUUGUGAAAUAAAGCAACAUGAAGAUUUUUGUUUCAUUCUUUUUUGUGGUGUUACUGGCAUUGGCUGUGGUUUCAGUUCCAGCCAACCACCACAAGAAGAACAGGGGCAAUGUGAAGGCUGAAGAAAGACCAAGCGUUGGCGAUGGUGACCAUCCCACCAAUACUGGAGAAGUCCACUGGCCUGACGUGGAAGUAUCCCGUAUCCAUAACUUCCCAGUACCAGAAGCCUUCAGACAUGGACGGACUAACAAUAGCCAUGCUUCCGAGUCUUCAUCAGGAAAGCAGCAUGGCAGAUCUAACCACAGGUCCCGCUCUCAGUAAAUUGAAUGGCCCUAAUAAAGAUCGAAAUUGUAUCGGAUUAAUAGAAUGGAAUGAAUUACAAGAAUAAGUUUAACCUUAUGUAAAC